AUCCAUAACUUUGCCAGCAGAUAUUCUCACUCUUAAUUCUGGGAAGGAGGUGUUCCAUUUUGCUGAAAAAAAUACACAAAAUGGCGCACGUCCAGAAAACGGCGACAGAUUCGUCCAAAGAUGAGACUGAAACAAGUGAAGGCGGUCAAAACGGCAUUGAUAGCAGGAAUGGAGCAGGAAACAGUGGUGGAGUCAUAGGUCCGUCAUCGUUUGUCUUUGGUGAAAAUAUGGAGAGCCGUGUCCUGAAGAGACCUGCUGAGGAACAGCUGGAUAGAAAGACAUCUGAGAAAGCAGACGAUGAGACUGACAAGAAGAAAGAAGAACCAGGGGAAUUCCCCAAGGCAUCCCCGAUGGUCAUGGCACAGAGACCCAUCUUGUUUGCAGGGUCUGCAAAAGAUACAAAAGCUGAGAAAGAAGAAGUGAAGUCUAGUUUCAAGUUGAACCCACCCACCCUUGUCCAUGGAAAGGCCAAGCCAGCACCCAAAACAGCAAGUGCUGAUGGGGACACCGCCAGCCCUGCCAAGCCAUUGCUGCGCCCCUCUCCACUCUGCCACACGUCACCGCACUGGGCCACCCUUGCUGCAGUUGCCACUGGAGGAGCAUUCAAAUUAAAAGCUUCCUCACACCAUACCUCCUCUUCCUUUUCUCAAUGGAAUGGGAAAGAUGGGAAACAGAGGAACCCAGAGGAUGGUUCGGUUGAAGUUUCCUCCUCCUCCGCCUCCACAGACACCACAGAAACUCCCACAAAGGGGGAUGGCGGCACAGAGUCCAGCACCGCCAACGGCAAACCCAAGAUGAACUUCUUCAUCAAGCUCUCCGCCAGCGAGACUGACAGGGACAGGGGCUUCGGGGUGUUUGGCAGCUUCUCCAAUGCCAACGUCGGCUUUGCCAAGAAGCCUGACCACAAUGGCACCACAAACGAGAACUACUUCCUGCAGUUUGCUAAAGUGGACAGCAGCAACAGUAAAGAAGAAGGUGUUGAGAGCCCGAAGGGACUAAGCAACUCUGGCAACUCAUUCGUCUUCGGUCAGAACAUGGAUGAAAGAGUGGUAAGCCCACAGCAGACGGAAAAGGAAUCACAGGGAGGCACUUCAGCUCAGUUUGGUAGCCAGACUAGCCUAUCAUUUUCUGCUCAGGCUUCUCCACCUGACGACACUUCCCCGCUGAAAUCACAAGAGACAACUGGCAAGUCGCUCCUAGAGAGUGCUAGCGCCUACGAAAAAGCCAAGAAGAGCUCGGAGGUGACGUUUGAGGAGGUGACCAGCAGGACGGGGGAGGAAGAUGAAGAGAAUGUCUUCCAGGCCCAGUGUAAACUCUUUGUCUUUGAUGCUGAGAAGCACAGCUGGCAGGAACGCGGCCGGGGCUUACUACGACUCAAUGACCAGGUGCCGGCAUCAUCGGAGCAGUCCUCACUCCAGUCCAGACUAGUGAUGCGCACACAAGGGAGUCUUCGCGUCGUCCUGAACACCAAGAUCUGGAGUGGGAUGACAAUAGAAAAGGCCUCACCAAAGAAUAUACGCCUGUCGGCGAGGGAUGGCGAGAGUGACAGCAUUAGAGUUUUCCUUGUCUCUGCCUCCCCAAAAGAUGCGGAGCAGAUCUACAGGGCCAUCGAAUACAGGGUGCAGGAACUGAAGUACAACGAGCAGCAGCAAGCUGAGAGAGCCAAAGAGGAGGGCGGAGCAAAAGCUGAAGAGGAGGAGGAGACGGCAGGCAAAGAUGAAGAUGAUGACAGCGGUGAUGGCAAACAGAUUACUCAAGUGUCGACACUCCCUGUUGUAUCAGUCGAUAGUGACGAUUCUGUCUCGCAGUCAAACUCGGCCCUCACAGACAGAAGUUCACCAGAACCGUCAGAUCCUCGAAUCGAAGGGAAUCCUGAGACGCCUCCAGCAAGCAAUUAAAGAGAAAGGAAGAGUUGGGCUAAAUAGUGGAAAGCUGUGGCUUUUGGACAGGCAAUUUUUUCUUUUCCAUCCGAACUUGACUGUUAGAGUUUUACUGUUGCAAGGAUGGAAAGGAUGUGGAUACUGAAAACUUCAGCACUUUUGUUGGAAGGAAAUCAUUGGUGGAAGCAGGCGAUCACUAACUGCGUAUGGAAGUGAUGUCACGCAGCCAUCAAUAAAAAGUGUGUACAGUGCAGAAAUGGCCAAAUGCAGCCCUCUAUGGGCUGAAUGUUUGGCCCUAUCUUUAAGUUGGUGAUUUCUAAAGGGAAAAAGAAAAGAAAAAACGGGAGGAAAGAUAGUAUACACGUCACGUGGAUACCAAUAGCUGAUCUGAGAUCACAUUGCUGGAUCAGCUGAUGCUGCAUCAGUUGAUGCCAGAUCACCUAAUGUUUAAUUACCUGUAGAUCAGCUUGUUCUGGAUCACCUGAUGUUCUGCAUCGUUGGGUGCUAGGUCACAUGAUACUAAAUCACUUGAUUCUAGAUCACCUGAUGCAAGAUCACCAGAUGCUGAUGUUGGAUCACCUGGUGCCCUGUGACGUCAUGCUGGAUCACUUUAUGCUGGAUCACCAGAAGCCAGAUUAUCUAAUCGUAGACAAUCCAGUGCCAUAUUGCUACAUUUUGUAUCGCCUGAUGCCAGAUCACCUGACAUCAGAACACCUGAUGCCAUAAUAGAUCACCUGAUGUGAGACUGCUUCAUGUUGGAUCAGCUGAUGCUAGAUCAUCUUGGUGUAAGAUCUCCUGUCAAAUCACAUGAUGCCAGUGCAUCACGUUAUCUCAAUUCCCUGACACCAGAUAUCAUUUUGCCACAUCAACCUUGGAUUUGUCAAGGUAAUCGGUGAUUCCGGAUACGUACAUUUUAAAUUUCUCACAACUGCAUGACUUUUUGACCUGGAAUCCUAUUCUUGUGAAGGAAUACCUCUGACAAAAGCCAGACACUUUGAAUUGAUAUCCUGACCACUUUCAGAAGUGAUCAGAGUUGAAUUCUUCGGCAGAGGACAACUUUUGGCUGUGGCUUGUAGUCACAGGCUGCCAUAAAAUGAUGCAUUCCAGUAUGGGAUUGAUUUAAAUGGAUGUCACCAGUCAUCUGGUUUAUAGAGGACACAAAUCGUGAGAUACGCAGUCUUCAGUACAGCGUCCCUGGCUUCUGUGAUCCACCGUGGUAUUGUCAUUCUCAUCAUUCAGCUUCAAGCUAGAAUGCUUGAGACCGUUGGUCUGUUCUAAAUUUUUUUCUGUUGGGCGCAAUGGAUGAAAGGCUGAUUUUUCCUGUCGCUUUGCUCCGAGGACUGAUGAAAUGUGGGAAGCAGUGAGUGUGUAGCUGUCGGGUAAUUCCUGACUGCAUUAGGCUUUCUAGCGUAGGUCCUUCAUUUAUUGUUUCUUUCCAAACACUGUGUUCCAGCUUUGUCAUUUUUUUUUUUUGUGGAAGGUACUCAUUUAACUUCAGAGAACAUGAGCAAUUUUCUUUGGUACAGGUACAAUGUUUCAUGUCAAUUUAUUUCAGAGAUUUCCCUCAAUGCUUGUAGGAAGGAGAUUUUUGCCAUGGCAAUCAACUUUGUUUUUGGCCUUGGACAGCCUUUACUUGUUUGUGUAGAUUGUCCAAAACAAAGGGCCCCACAAUUAUUUCUUUAAAAAACAAUUGUCAGAACAUAAUGAUACGAGACAAGAAAAAAUACUCAAACCAGGCAAGGUUGUGUCAAGGUUGAUCCAGAAACCUAUCCAUGGGAACGCAUGGAUGUUGAGAGGGAAUUCAUGGAUAAUGUGUAGGACUUGGAGUAUGUUUGGUUCAUUCCACCUCCUAAGGCGCAAAAUAUCCCACUGACAUUGAUGUCUUAUGCCCUUUCAAAGGACCUGUUCAAAAGGUGGAAUAAUUUACUCUGUAAGAAUGGAAAUUCCAUUCCUCCUAUCAAGGCAUGCCAUCUGGAAAACAAAUGUUUGGAGGCACAGCGUGUUCACAAGGGAUGGGAUUUGAUGAGGAAGCCUGUUCCGGUGUUUCAUAAUCAUUCCAGCUAAUUUGGCACAAAAUGUCAGUUGAGUUGGUAGGCUCUUCAUCAAACCUAACACAAAGGGGCAUGUAGGCUCCAGUUACUGUACAUGUGUGUGCAUACCAGUACUUGUGAUUACACAUCCGCAGUGGCCAAGUAUCCUGGAUGAACUUGUGUCAGCUAAGCAGUUAAGAAAAAAUACUGCUGUGGUUUGGAAGUGCCUGUGCAUUCUUUAGCUCGAGGCUUUUCUCCAGUUUUAAUGUAGACAAGAACAAAUAUCUUAAUUUAAAGAUGUCUUUGGCCACAGGAGUGGUACUUUUAUUUAGGCAGAGGGCAUGUUGUUUUUUAUAUUUGUGUAAUGUGACCAUUUGCGCCUUUGCUACAACACGAGUAGAUGUACAUGUGAGCCAUUAUCACUAAUAGCUUAACGUUACUGGUAAAAUGGACUCUCUUUUUUUUUUCAAGGCCAGUUUAUGAACAUGGCUGGACAUAGGGUGCUGUCAUUUGUUGAAAUCCAUGCAUAGGGCAGUGCUGAAAAUCAUAAUGCUGCGAGGAAGAGUGUUUGCUGCAAGAGCCAGUGUUACUUCGAUGGAGACUGGAAGCUAGGAGUAAAGUAGGGAGUAGUAUGAGAUGGGCCAUGUUUCCUCCUGCUCGGCCAAAAAAACUAGGAGGCAAAUGUUAUGGCUAAGAUUAAGAAAAUUGACAGUUUCUUUAGGGGGAGGGCAUUCUGGCAGUGUCAGCAUUCUGACAUCCAUCAAGUGUUUUGCCAUUCUGUCACUGUUUGUCAGUAUUCUGACAUCCAUCAAGUGUUUUGCCAUUCUGUCACUGUUUGUCAAUAUUCUGACAUCCAUCCAUCAAGUGUUUUGCCAUUCUGUCACUGUUUGUCGGUAUUCUGACAUCCGUUUUCUUUUCCAUUCUGACAUCCAUGCAGUUUUUUGCCAUUCUGUCACUAUUUUUCAACAUUCUGCCACCCAUCAACAGUUUUUGCCAUACUGUCAGUAUUUGUCAGCAUUCUGACAUCUGUCAAAAGCAACUGACCAUUGGCAAAUGAUCCAGUUUCGAGACCACACUGUGCCAGCUGAAACAGGAGGUCGGUUCAUGCACUCCUGGACAGCAGACUGUCAUUCAGUUCAAAGAAACAUGGCUUUCUCAUUUAGUAUUUUAGGAUAGUAAAACCUGCCAAACAGAGGCCAUUUACUGUCUUUUUGGAAACUGGUUCUAGUAAACUAGUCUGGCCAUGGGCAUUACACAUCCCAUGACGGCAUCAACACACUGACUCCAGUAUGUUAUUGGUUGUUGAAAACACUGGAAACAGAACUAUUAAAAUAUAAAAGCAUUAAUUUCCUGCCAGCUGCUCGUAGUGUGGAACUUUUUCUGGAGAAGGCAACACCGUGAACUUGGGCCUAGCUCCUUUGGGAGGCCAAGCCUUCCAUUCUGAGUUGUGUCUUAGAUAGACUUAAUAACCUGUGCAUACGGCAGAGUUUGCACUUAUGUGUGUGUGUACUGUGUAAAUAUAAUGUAUAGUUAAUCAUUCACAGAGAAUCUGAUUUUUGAACAAAUAACAAUUUCUUGUCACAACUUUUAAGUUAAAGUGUCUGCCCAUCUUGUUGGCUACCGAAAUCAGUGUUCAAUAGUUAAUGCACCCCUUUGAAUUUUAGGAUACCCAGCUGGUGUAAGACACUGAUAAAAAAACCAAGAGUUUUGUAUGCUUAGUUUUUUACUUUGUGCCCCUUUCCUUCCCCCCUUAGAAUAUUGAAACCACGUAUAUGUGGUCGCAUACCUUCAUUUUCUUAAGCCAUCAUGGGAAUCAAUUUUCUUAACUUAUGCACAGAAUGGCCCUAGGUAUAUGUAGGCAGUCAACACGCUAGGGGCACUGCUAUCCCAUUUCUGGACACUCGCAAGCGAUCAAGUAGACAUCCACUGGACAAAGCAUUGGACUGGAAAGCUUUGUCUGUAUUGAAUAUGAAUUGGCCUUCAAAGCUGUCCUCGCUGGACAUGCAGCGUUUUGAUUCGAGUAGGGUGCAACCUGGUGCAUAUAAUAAAUACGUUGAGCUCGUGAAUAGCAAAAGAGCUCAUCUAAGGAACCUGCUGGGAAAUUGACGUAUAGGGAUGAGAAAUGAAUUUUUUAUUUUUUUUUUCCAAAUUAAGUGCAAAGUUCAACUUGCAAUGUAGGGUAGCUUGUUGAGGUGUUCCUGUCUUCUUAUCCCACCAUUUGUUCAAAACAAAGUUAAAUGUGAUUGCGAAAUCCAUGCGUCAACCCUGAAUUUAUGCAUUGAGAUUGUAAUGAUGGAAAAUCAAGAAUUUUAUUUCAAUAUUUACAGGUUUCUGUUACCAUACAAAUUGUUUACGUCUAUAGAAUUGUUUGCAUUUAUGCAUAGAAAGAUUACCCAACUGUGGGCCAACAUCUGGAGGUUGCUCAGAUGCCUAAGAUUUCAAAUCAAAUUGAAGUGUUAUUUAUGUGUCCUAGGAUAUUUUU